AUGCUUUCCGAAUCAUUUGUGGCGUCGACGGUGUCAUCCGCUAAAUCUCCGACAGCCUCACUCAGAGAUGUAGGAGUCUGCGUCCACGAAUUGCAGCCUUCGUCGAUACUGCGAUCAACUUUCAAGAAGAGCUCAACGUUGACCAAUUGUCUGGCUGUCAGCCCCUCGCAUAUUUUCACAGCCCAAGCCGACAAGGCUGUUAUUCACGUGUACAACCGGGAUAAGGGUAACCAAGAGGCUGUUGUUCCAUUUCCGGAGCGGAUACGCAGCAUUGCUGUCGCGGGGGGCAAGUAUGGUGAUGUCUUGGUUUUGGGCACCGAGGGUGGUCGAUUAAUUGUCUGGGAGACAUGCACAGGACGCCAAGUAGCCACCACGGCAUCCCAUCUGCAACCAGUGACCUCACUCAUCGUCGACCCCACGUCCAACUUUAUUCUGUCCGGCUCCGCUGAUGCCAGUGUACAUGUUUGGUCCUUGCCUGGAAUUCUGUCGUUCUCAAAACCCGCUCUUAGCGCGACUCGCCAACCUACAAACUCGCCUAUCCGAACUUUCUCCAACCACCGCGCCGGUAUCACCUCUCUGGCGGUAGGACAUAGCAAUGGCCGCCAUAACAUCGUCGUAUCGACCGCAAAGGAUAACACCGCGAUCGCAUGGGACUAUCACACCGGCCGUGCGCUGAGAACCUUCCUCCUUCCCUUAUCCGCAACAUCAGUGGCUCUAGACCCGGUUGACCGGGCUUUCUACGUGGGAUAUGAAGAUGGCAGCGUGCAAUCAGUGGAUUUCUACCGGAGCCAGUCUGCGCAGCAUCCUCUUCACGACCCUUCAGUACAAUCAACACCCGCACAGGUGUCAAUGGAGGAUCGGUGGCUCCCUCCCUCGGCUGAGACAGGAUCAGUGAAGACAAUCUCCCUUACAUAUGACGGGACCACGCUACUCUCGGGCCACGCGAAUGGCAAGGUACUGUCCUGGAAUGUUGCGCGACGAAAGUACACAACAUCAGUGGCCGACUACACGCACCCGGUCACCAACCUGGUCAUGCUCCCUCCGGGUGGCAUCCCUCACCCUUCUUCGGAUUUGAAGAGAAAGGCCCACACCAUCGUCAAGCCGCGCCAUGAUAGUGGCCUUUCGGCCCCGAACCAUGCCCCUGGCGCCGUCCCCGCAGAAUAUAUGUUCCACACGCAGAUCACCGCCCCAUCCGACUCCCGCAAACCAAACCAAUUCUCUCAGGCGCUUACUCACUCCUUUUUCCCCACCUCCAUGAUAGAGGAUGGUCUUGCAGAGCUCGCGGCAUUCCGCCAGCCUGGUAAUGCUGAAGUUACCCGUGUUUCCCCCAGCACCGCCCCCGCUAGGGAAAUCGCGGAAGACACAGCUGCCCGCGAUUCGCAGGUCGCCGAGCUAGAAAACGAGGUGUCUGUGCUCAAGAAGAAGGUUGCGGUGAAUGAGACUGCUCGCCAUAAUGCGGACGACGAAGUUGUACAGCUGCGCUCUGAACUCGCCAAUCUGCAGGAUUACAUCAAUGAGUUGCAUGAGAAGCAGGAGGCCGCACAGCAGGAGAAGGUCCUGCGGCAAGCAAGGAAGCAGGAGCACGAGGCGAAGAAACGGGAAGCUUGGCUCGCUGCAGAGAAGAAGGGUCGCAAUGGUGAUGCAGUCAUUCAAAAGAUGGACAUUGAUGGUGCUGUGACCAGUGACUCGGAUGAUCAGAGCGACGAAUAA